GCCCUUUCUGGGUAUGCUCCCGGAUGGAGAGUAUAAAACGCUGGCUGGUGGGCUCACCUUGGUCCUUUCUGUAUGCCUAUCCCAAUGUCGUUGCGGUUUCUGCCUAAUAGCCCUAGGUAAUGAUGAAGAAAGCCGAAAUGCGGGAGAAAAUGGCCGAGUUGCUCGAUAGACUCCCUCUCAUAGUGCAGAAUUGCGAGGACUACGCACAGAUAUACCCCGGCAAAAAUACCCUGAGACGGCGCAUCGAAGAGCUGUACAUACAGAUUGUGGGCGCAAUCGAAGAUAUGGUACGCUGGUACACCCAGAAAGCCUCGAAGCGCGCUCUUAAGUCGGUCUUCUCCAACGACGCGUACUUGGACUCGUUGGACAAGCGGAUUCGCGACAUCGAUGUAGCCCAUGACGCCUUCAAGGAGGUAGCGGAGAGGUAUUUGCAUUGGCAGACGGCUUUGAUGCAACACAAUGUCGCUGAGUCACAUGCGCUCACCCAGGAGACGAAUGAGAACUUGAAGUUGGUUGGCUUCAAGCUAUACGAGCAAGGUCAACAAAUAAAAAAAGAGGUAUCGCAGAUGGAAAGUCGCUUGAUGAAUGGUAUCAACGACAUCCUUGGAGAUCAUCGGAAAAAUGCUGAGUGGCUCCAAGAGAAGAAAGAAUGCCAGCAAAAGAUCGCUGACCAAGACGCGCGUAUCAAAGACUUGGAGAGGCAGCUACACAGCAAAAGUUUCCGCGCAGCUACUCUUGCUCGCCGGCUGCACCUCACGCUCCCAUUUGACGCUUACGCAGACGACGUACAGCGCGCCAUAAGCGAAGGCAUAAUCCGGUCCACGAAGUUUCAGACGAGGUCGAAGCAAAUCGCAGCAGCCGAAGAGUUCCGCCAAUGGUUCACAUCCGACUCUGAGGAAAACGCUCUUCUCUGCGUAAAUGGGAACGCCGACCAAGACUCCCUCUCUCCGACCACGUUUCUCGCGGCCCUUCUCAUUCAAAACCUCGAACAAAAGGAAGCAGGGAAUGUCCUAGUCCUGCGAUUCUUCUGUGGCCUGCAUACCAAUACGCUGCAAUAUGGACAAGAUCACGAAAUCGGCGGCCCACUUCUUCUUGUCCGGGCACUCGUCGCUCAGAUCCUGAACAUUGACAGCAUCGACGAUAGGCACUACUUAUCCUCUAUUGCCGAGGAUAGCGUGCAAGCUAUGGAAGAUGCGCUCUUGAAGCAGUAUCUAGCAACAUUGAGCGAGCUUCUCCACCGUCUUCGGAGAGAUUACCAUGGCGUUAUGAUUGUCAUUGAUGGGAUCGAAUUCUAUAAUACGACAGAGCAUCGGAGAGCGACGAAGAGGCUCAUCAAAUCAUUUGCAAACAUAACAAGCGAGAAGUCAGCGGGUGGCUCACUGAAGGUAUUAUUGAUGGCGGCGUCCGAUUGUUCGCUGUUUCGCAGGAUCGGAGGGUUCAGUGUGCUUGAUAUGCCCGAGGAUAUCGAGUGUGGUGGGAGUGAUUAUGAAAGCCUGGGAGAGUUAUGAACUGGUAGGCUAUUCAUAAUAUGGAGUAGUUUGUACGAUAGUGUAAACGUCGAACGCUGGGGAAAACGUGGUGAAGCGUUCCAGGCACAUCUGGGAAGAUGAACAUUGCUCUACCCCACCCUUCAGGCGCUCGAUGUCCUCUUCAAUAGAAGGUUGAUCUCGCCGUGUAAUAAACGAAUAUCGG